CUCCUACGCACAAUACACGUGCCCACUAACCAGCAGCCCGCGUAAAAGCGGGUUUUCUCGCCCUGUUCUUCCAGCAUCCCUCUCGGCAGAGUCAGAGCCGUAGAAAUGCUAUGAUUCCAUCCAACGGAGGAGGAGCUUCGAGGGUCCUCGACCUCGGACACCAUCUCCUCAUCUCUUCCGUCCCCUUCUCCCUCGCUAUCCCUUCCACAUCACCACCCCCAUGGAAGUACGGACCUGCUCUUCCGUUCCAAAACCCUAACCUGCUGCGGAACCACUUCAUUCGGUGCUCCUCCAGCAAACGCACCGGUCCGUUCUGGGACUCUAAUGCUGAGAGCGUUCGAGCAGGAAGAUUCAGAUUCCGAGAUGAAUCAUUUGACAACGAUGAAGGCGGGCGGAGAGAGAAACGGAAGUGGUGGUCCGAUGAUGAUUCGUCGGAAUUCGAUGAAGAUAACGAGCUUUUCGACGAACAGCCAUGGGACAGUAUCUGGAUUUUCAAGGUAUUUAGAUCCUUUGGUUGGUUGCUUCCAGCAAUCAUCAUAUCAACGCUUCUCACAACAGGCCCCAAAGCUUUCCUCAUGGCCCUAGCACUUCCUCUUGGACAAUCAGCACUUUCACUGGCCAUUGACAAGGUGUGGGGAAAGACACAAGAUGGCCCAAAACGGAAGUCCAAGACCAAGAAUAAGCCAUUUGCUAGUGCUACCAGCAAUACCAAGUGGAGAGAUGACAAAGAAAGCAGUGACAAUGGUCAGGCACGGGGGUAUCAGUCUUGGGUGGCAACAAAUGAUGGUGUGGUCGAGAAGGGCAGCAGCCAACGCCAGCCCAGUUUUGGUGGAUGGGAUGAACUGGACAGGCGUGGGGAGUCUGAUAAGGGGCCAAGAAGGCAGCCUGGUAGAACAACAAGCAGGCCGCCCCGGCCCCAGCCAGAGACAAAGGGAAAGCUGACUAGGAGAGGGAAAAAUUCAGACGUGCCCUUGCUUCUAAGGCUGUUGAUUGCUGUUUUCCCGUUCUUGGGAUCAUGGACUAAGUUCUUAUAGAUAUUUUCUUGUUCUUGCAAGUGCCCAGCCUGAAGUCGAUUUGCACACCUUGUGCUUCUGGGAUCUUCAAGUUCAGUGUGCCGGGCUGUCUAUACUUCCAAAGUUGAAACUUCUAUACAUGAGAGAAGAAUGAAAGACACUCUUCCAUCAAUCAGGAGAAGAUGUAAUUAUGCCGAAGGGACCACCGCUCCACUUUGUGGAUGUAUCUGAGUAGGAUCCAAUGCAUGGAGGAUUUACCUGACAUUGUUCACCGUGGAUCAGCAACAGGGAGAACCUAUUUUAGGUAGUAGUUGCCUUCGUAUUCCAUGUGAAAUGUUGAUAGAUUUGGUGGAAAAUAACUAAAGCUUCAAUUC